ACCUCGACACGUAGCUAAAAAAUUUCCGCUCGCAUGUAAUUUUGUUCCUAUUUUCAAAGAGGGCGUGGACAAAAAUGUACUAUAUUCCUUGACUUGGGUCACAUGGACCAAAUUUAGGCUCGCUGUAUUAUUGCCCUAUAUUGAAAAAAAUCAUACUUGAAAAUUCCAGGAAAUGUCUUUGAAUUUCGGGAAAUUUUGGAUUCAGUUUCAGGAAAUUUAUUUUGGAUCUGUGAAAACACUGCAUAGCCCCAUAUGCACCGCGGGCACGGCGCCGCCCUAGCCUAGAGCCAAAUCCGUUCAUCGUUUCUUUUUUCCGUGUGAUGUCCCACCGACCGAUGCUGUCAGCAUGUCGGGGAAGAAGUUCAUGGGAAAUGAUGGCGAUUGGGUAUGCAACAACGGAAAGUGUAGCAAUGUGAACUUUGCAAGAAGAACUCACUGCAACAGAUGUGGGGCGGAGAAGAGUCGAAUGAAGAUAAAAGAUGGAGGCCUGAUCAUUGGAAAACAGAUGGCCGAGAAGAGUCAUGGUCUAUUCAGUGCUGAUGAUUGGCAGUGUAAGAUGUGUGGUAAUGUCAACUGGGCCAGGAGGAAUGAAUGCAAUGUUUGUCACUCACCUAAAUUUGGAAAAAUUGAGGAGAGAACUGGGUAUGGAGGUGGAUUCAAUGAGAGAGGUACAGUGGAAUACAGAGAAGACAGGGGGUCUGAUUCAGAUGAAGAAUAUGAUGAGUUUGGUAGAAGAAAGAGGAAAUUUCGCAUAUCUGAUGACCAACCAAAAAGUAUACUCAAAGAGGUAGAUGAAGAGAAGGAAGGCGAAGAUGACGAAGAAGAGGAGGAGGAGGACGAUGAAGGCAACCUCGAUGCAUAUAAAUUGGAUUCAGAUGAUGAUGAUGAUGAAGGUGGCGAUCUCUCAGCUUAUGCGUUAGUGGACAGUGAUACGGAAAAGAAGCCAUCCGGGCCAGCAGCGUCGUCGUCAUCUGAUACGAAGUCCUCUCAGCACUCAUCCUACCGGUCAAGGAGUUCCAGUUCUAGCCGGUCCCGGUCAAGAUCUCGAUCCAAGGAUCGCAGAUCCGGUACAUACUCUAGAUCCAGAUCCAGGUCCGGAAGCCGAGAUCGCAGACGGUCUAGAGAUCAGAAAUCACGUUCCCGCUCCAGGAGUCGAGAUCGCAGAAGAUCAAGAGAUCGCAGGUCACGUUCGCGUUCAAGGAGUCGAGACCGGAGACGAUCUGGGUCAAAGUCAUCUAGUUCAUCAUCAAAGCAUCGGCGGUACUCAAGGUCAUAUUCAAGGUCAAGAUCAAGGUCACCAUUGAGGAAGGAUUACAAGGACAGAGGUUCACGCUACUACUGAGACCACUACUAGGUUAAAGAUUUAUUCACGAAGAGCUGUCGGUGAUAUUUCAUUAGAACAUCAAGUUUGGUUUGUGAAGGUACCAUGUGUAAUAAAAAUUAUGUAGGUAAGUCAUUAGGUAUCACAGAUAGGAAGGUAUGUGGUCUAACGUGUGCAUAUUGGCAAUUAUAGUAGAUUUCAGAUUUGUGUACAUUCAUGCUUUCGUCUACUUAAUGUCUCUUUCUUUCUGUUCUUGCCUGCUAUGCUGCUAUCUUUCAUCUUUUCUCUCUUACCUUCUUUCACUCUUCCUUUCUCUCUCUCUCUCUGUUUUCCCCCAUUCUUCUUUCUCUGACAUACCUUCUUUUCUUUGUCUGCUUCCCUCCCUUCUUCUGUCCCUACCUUCCUCACACUCUGUUUUUUUUUCUGCCAUCCCUCUCUGUUUCCCUCCAUUCUUUCUUUGACCUGGGUCCCAUAACACAAAGGUUAGCGAUUAAUUGUACGAUUGAUUUUUACGAUUGAUUGUACAUUGUAGUCAAUGCAAUCAAUCAUCAGAAAGUAUUCAAUGAUGAUUGCUAAGUUUUUGUGUUACGGGGCACCUGUUCUCCCUCAAUUCCUCACACUCUCUAUCUGCUUGUCUCACUAUCUCCUUGUCUCACUAUCUCUUCAUCCCUCCCUAUCUGUCUCUCUUUUUCUUUCAUGUCCUCUUUCUCCUCCCUUUCCCUCUCCUUUCUCUUUUCCCUAUCAGUAUCCCCUCCUUUUUUCAAUCGUAAAUGUGCUAUUUGCCCCCUCUUUUCCAAAGUGAUUUCUCAAUUUCUUUUUUUUCUGUUUCUUUCUCCCAUUUAUUUCCUCUCAAAAUAAGUUUGGCAAUGCAUUUGUUAAAGUGUUAAGUGUCAAAGGAAUCGAUGUUUUCAUUGAUGCAUUACUUGUUGAAAAAAAUUGAAAAAAUAUUACGCUGCUUCCUACCAAUUUUGUCAAUAUUCUAGAUAAUAUUAUAUUUUAAAUGAAAAUGUCAAUUCUGGUACAAAAAUUGGUGUCGUUUUCAACCUACAUUCAUAUUUUACUGGUAUAUAUGCGUUAGAGUAGACCCUUUUGCAGAAAUUUCCUUUUACGCCCAGCUGUCAUAAAUUCGGAAGUUCAUGCAGCUGAAAAUAAGUUAGACAAUCUCCUCGACACCCUAAUUACCUUCAUUAACUUUGCACUUAAUUGUAAUUUGGUGAUUGUACAUGUUUUGCUUAUUCAUUAUUAAAACAAUAGGCUACAAGUAUAGACUCUGGGCUGAUCUCUAAUUUAUGGAAACAGGCGUAUAUUCAAUUAUUAAUGGCUUAGCACAUGAUGUUGAAUUUUUCCUUUUAAGGGUUUUCAUAGUUGAUGUUUCAUUUGGAAAGUUCUUUUAAAUAAUACACCUAAAUUGUGUACUCAUUUAGUAAUCUAUGGGAUAAAAAUGCAAUAAUUCAAGAUUUUUUUUUUUUAAUAAGCGCUAUCUACAUGUAUGCUCAUACACUUCAUUUCUUUGUUGCCUAAUUAAUAAUAGAAUAAUGUUAUAUCUGAGCAGUGUCCACCGAUUUACAAUAAUCUCAUAUUCCUAUCAGAUAUAUUUACAUUUAAGUAAUAUCAAUUUUACUGUAUAGCAUUAUACUCUGGUGAAUAUUAGGAAUUUGAGCAAGAAUUAAAAUUUAACAGAGCAGUCUGUACUUAAAUUUGAUGCACAUUUACAACUGCCAAACCAAUAAAGGCAAUUAGUUGUUUUUCUUCCAGUUUUUCAAAUAGAACAUCAGCGAUAUAAAUAUCAUUCAUCUCUAGUCAAACAAUGAAUUGUUCCUUUGAACUAUUAAGGUUUUAAAGCUUGCAGUGUUAUCUAAAUUUUGAAAUGCUGCCUUUUCUGCAAAGAGAACUUAAAAAAUCAAGAUGUAAAUAUUUUUUCAGUACGAAAAUGUAAAAACUUGAGUGUACCAUGAAAUUGUGCCUCGCUUUUCUACUACACUUUUCUAUAAUUUACGUAUUCCAUACAACAAAGAUCAAAAUAUUUUUGUUGAACCUCUUAUCAUUGUAUAUGAGAACACAUGAAGAAACUUUUGAUUGUUGAAUUUUGGGACCCCAUGUCCAUAAAAUCUGAAGUUCUGCUACAUUAGACUAUAGCAGCAUUUUUAUACAUGCUACAACUACAACUAUAGUACUGUAAUAAUGUAGUCAACUCAACAUAUGUAUUACAUUGAAUUGGUAGUAUUUGUACUUGCUUUGACUAUCAUUCUAAUACAUUUGGCUAACUUUUUUUCAGCCAGAAAUACAUACUCCUUUUAUACUAGUAUGGGUCCAUUUUUGCAGUUUUGAUCCGUUCGAACAGUACAUCUUCAAAAUUGGUAAUGACAGUUGCAAAAAUUAAGAUGAGAUUAGAGAUACCUCAAAUUUAAAAAUACUAGCUCUGGUCCAAUAAAAAAAAACAUUGGUAAACCAAUUUAAGUCACUUUUGGUCAUUAAAUCAAAGAAUAAAUGCAAAAUCAGCCACCAAGAAGCGUCCAUGUUUAAUGUGAUUGAAAUUUUGAAAAAAUUAAUUACUUUUUGAGUAUUUUAUUGAUUUCAUUUAAAACAUGACCAGUUUGUAGAUUCUUUAGAAUUUCUCUAUUAAAGUAGAUUCAUGGAUGUCACUUGUAGGAUAUUGAUAGGAUAAUGUGAAUAUUAGAAGCUACUGCCUUGUUGAAUUUACAUUUAUGAAGAUUUGUAUUUAUUUAUACCAAUUUUGUGAAAUCUAUUUAUCCAUAUCAUUUACGUGUUUGUUUUUAUAGAAGUAUGGAAUAAUUCCCUAGUUUUAAUUUUGUAGCGUUUAUUACAUGUAGAAUUUUAUUUUGAAUGAACAAAAACAGUUUUCAUGGAAUAUCCUACUUGCAUUUACACAGAUAAUGCAUGUGCUCACCUAUAACAAAAAGCAUAACUAGUAUGACUCGUUCUCAAGCUCUUCACCAAAUGAUUUUUCCAAUCUAGAAAUGUUUUCGAUAUGACAUUGCACUCAUCACUUAAUAUUUUUUUCAAAAACAAAAUAUUUCAAAUACAAGCUGACUGAAUGAUUAUAUUAAAUGGUCACAGGCUCAAUACAGGUAACAGCUAAAUUUUCAUUUGUUACCUACUUUUGCUGUUAGAUUGUUAAAAAGUAAUAAAGGCUAAGUUGCUGCUCAAUUUUA